AUGAGAAAACUGUACAAGAAUACCUCGAUACUUCUGCGGAAGCACCAUGGAGUUGACGAAUCCGGGAAGUCGGCCUUGUAUUUGGCGGCUGCUGAGCAGUUUCCGGACAUUGUUAAACUGCUGCUUCAGCGAGGGGCAAAUCCCAACUCCCAGACGAAAGACGGAAGAAGUCCAUUGAUGGAGGCUGCAUUGUGGGGACGGUAUGAGAAUGUGAAACCCCUUCUUGAUUUUGGGGCCGACAAAAACUGGGAAGACGGCGAGGGCUUCACUGCGAUGCAAUUGGCUGAGCCAUCCACUCGAAAUGAAGGUGAACGGUAUCGUCGCUCGGGGAGAGGAGUUCAAAUGUACAAAGAAAUUACAUACGUCGCCAACCAAGCACGGAGAAUGAUUGUCCACCUGCUCAGCAAUGCCACCGAAGAUGCAAUCUCUGUUCCGAGGAGCAAUUAUGAUUAUCACGUCUUCCACCAAAAAGAGACCGUUAUUUGA